GUGAGAAUCGACGCGGUGGACAAAUGAGAUGCAGACGGAUGGACGCGUCCAUCCAGGAGAAUGAACACAAAGGCCGCCGUCUGGGAAUCCUGGCCGGAUAUUGGGCAGGGCUGUUUGUGCGCAUCGGUGCAGCUUGAUGGACGGUUCCAGGAAUCAAUCGCUGGUUGGAGAAAGAGAUGCAGAAGUGCACUGACGGAAGUCAUUUUCUGGAUCCGUCCGUAUUUGUGUAUGAGCGUUCCAACCCACCAACACGCACAGCUCACGCCACACGCACACACACACGUGAACAUUACAUGGAGGUUUGCACAGAGAUAGAUGUGUCCGUCCGUCCGUCCAACCAGCUGGCCGGCUCGGCUAUCCACAGCGGUCGAUCGAUCGACCUUCCUCACUGACUCACUCAGUCACGUUGUUUGCAAAAGGGGCAGGGCAACCACCACCCACCCUAGCUACACAUAUAUGCCUGCCAAAGGCACCAUCCAUCCAUUGCCCGCCCCAAGCUUGCAACCUCUCCGCUGCCUGCAGCCCCUCGGUCCCUCCCUCCCUCCCUCCCUCCCUCCGACCGACCGACCGACCGACCGACAGACAGAUGAAGUCACUCAGUCACUCCAGCAGGUCAGGUGCACGACUGCAGGCAGGCAGACCACACACCACACAGACCGCAUUAUGGACUGUCAGUAAUGGUCUGUCUAAUCUAUCGGCCCCUGCCUGUACGUACGUACCUAGUGGAGGUUCAUGUUGAGGUAUUUGUGGUUGGUAGUGACGGUGACGGUGAGGCCGGGCAGGGCGGCCGCCUGCCGGAUGCGGCGGAUGUACUCGGCGUACUUGUCCGAGUGCUGGCCGUCCAGCACACGGUUGAGGUCAGCCAGAGAGCCCACCCGGCACCGCGACACGGCCUCGCCCACCAUGCGAACCUGAAUGAAUCAAUGAAAUGAUAGACCCAGCACAGCCAACACAGACAAACAAACAGACCAGGGAGGGAGGGAGGGAGGGAACAAGACACCCAAUCAAUGAAGCAUCAGACAGAUCACUCACUGAGUCACCUCAGCGUCGAAUCCGUCGUGGGCUGUUGUGUCGGUGACGGUCACUGCAAUGAAGGGCGCUAGGCACAGCACAAAGUACUCACUCGGCGGCCGCUGGGGCGGCGUGUUGGGCUCCUGCACGCCGCACCGAUGCACCCCCGCGAGCUGCCCCCCCAGCCCCCCCUGCCAGUUGGCCAGCAUGUCCUUGGCGGCCUGCACGUCGGCCGGCGUGCCGUCGGCCGCGAUGCGCACCGAGAGCGUCAU